UCACGCACGUAGGCCAACCCCGAGCACCUGGUCUACCAAAAAAGCUCGAUCGAAAUGCUUGCUCCCCGCCGCCGCGUCCCCGUCGGGGCCGCCGCCCUCCUCGUCCUCGCGGCCGUCGUCGUCCUCCUCGCGGCCGACGGAGCCGACGCCGGGCGGGCCUACAGGAAGAAGACCGGCGGCGGCAUCAGCACGCAGGCGUGGCGGUUCCUAGCGGCGCACAACGCGGCGCGCCGCGCGGUGGGCGUGCGGCCGCUGGCGUGGGACGGCAAGCUGGAGCGAUACGCGCGCGGGCACGCGCUGGCGCGCGCGCGCGCCGGGUGCGGGCUCGUGCACUCGCACGGGCCGUACGGGGAGAACCUGUUCCGCGGCAGCGGCGCCGGCGGCGGGGGCGUGUGGACGCCCGAGGCGGUGGUGGCAGCGUGGGUGGUGAAGGAGCGGGACAUGUACGACGCGCGGUCCAACGCCUGCCGGGGGCCCCGGGGCGCGUGCGGGCACUACACGCAGCUCGUGUGGCGGAAGACCAGCAGGGUCGGCUGCGCCACGGCGGUCUGCGCCGGCGGCCGCGGCACUUUCGCGGCCUGCGCGUACGACCCGCCCGGCAACUACGCCGGCGUGAGGCCAUACUAGGCGAGGAGGGUCACCGGACACGCACGUCAGGGAAACGGUGGCGUGCGUGCGUGCGUGCGUGCAUGACCGGCCGGGGUGACGGCGGGGCUUGUGUGUGUUUGAAUUUGUUCGCGUGGAUCGUAUGGUUGGCUCCAGUGGUUUGUAUGCUGUUUGAUUCCUUAUUCGUUAAUUUGCUUGGUGAUGAAAUCGAAGAAAUAAGCUGAUUUUUGAUU